CACUGAUUGGUAUCAGCUGCACCUGCGUGGCACCUGGACGGAAGCCAGGCGGAGAGCCGCGAAAAUGAAAACCUGAAAACAGUCCAAGUUUUUCCAGGUGUAAUGUUUAUACCUGUCAGUUUCAGGUUUUCUGCUCGACAUAAGUGAAAUGGCAGAAGGGUCCGACAGGUGUGACCAAAAUACGAUGCCACCGCCGGAUUCGUUUUCCCCUGUGUCAUCUCACGGCUACAGCUCCACCCAAACUUGGCCUCCAGUUGAAUCUCCUCUGCGGCCUCCUUGGAGUGAUCAUCAAACAGGGCAGGAUGAGGAGUCCGGUGACGGUCCCUUUGGGAUGCGGUUCGGAGAACGUUCUCCUGCCCCCCGUUUCUACGAGGAGCUCUUCUGCGCCGGCCGGGCCUCCAUCCCUCUUGCGCCCCUGGCUGGCGCCCUCGUGAGCUCCUCCGAGCCGCAGGGCGAUGUGGUGAAGCGGGGUUACCUGGGGAAGCUGGAGCGCCACCACAGACGAUAUUUUGUCCUGAGAGCGGGAAGCCACACCGGGCCGAGCCGACUCGAGUGGUACAAGAGCCAGGAGAAGUUCACUGCUGUGGAGAAGUCUGCUGGUAAAGCUGCGCUGUUUGGAUCGAGCAAGCAAGGGGUGAUUUACCUGCGUUGCUGUCUUGGCGUGAGUCGGAUCGGCAGUUCCCGGAAAGGCCACGCGGCGGCGCUCUACGCCAAGGAUCAGACCAUGGUGCUGGUGAUGGAGGACGAGAAGGAGCAAGACCAGUGGUAUGUGGCCCUUAAGAAACUCAUGGAGGAAGAACAGAAGGAAGAGGAGCACGGAGAAGGGGUUGAGGAAGAGGAUGAUGGGUAUUGUACUCUCCCAUCGGCUUCUUUCUUCAGAGAGGUCUGGCCCGUCACCGUGAAGCCCAGGGGUCUGGGCACCUCCAAGUCCCUGACGGGGGAGAACCGGCUCUGCCUCACACCUACGUCUCUCAUCUUGGUUAGACUGGGUGCAGGCAAUGAUCUGCCAUCUGUCACCAUACCGUUACUUAGCGUUCGGCGCUUUGGUCAUUUGGAUGGCCUUUUCUACCUGGAGGUUGGCAGGUCUGCCCCCAACGGUCCUGGGGAGAUCUGGAUGGAAGCGAGAGAACAAGGAAACCCAGCAGUGGCCCAGCACAUUCACGAGGCUGUUCGGGAGAUGGUGCGAGCGCUACGAGCUCUUCCGGACUUUAGCCGAUCCCCAACCUCGAGUCAGAGUCAGAAUCAAGCCUUUUUGGCCUCAAAGCGCUGCCGACCGAAAUACAGAGAGAAGCUGGUGAACGGGAGAGCUCCAGGUGCGCCGGCCACGCUUCCCAGAGCCCCUCACAUCCAGACCGCCCCAGCACAGUGUUACCAAACCCCCCGCAGACAAGAAGAGACACAGCCCGAAUCUUCCCUGAGCUCCGCCGCUCAUCUCAGCCCAUUCAGAGCCCAGCACCACGGCUCUGUGCCCGGCAGCUACAUGGAAAUGAAGAAGGAAGCGCUGGGGUACAUGACCAUGUCCCCUCAGGUCUGCCACAGCUCAUCUGUGUUGCCUCAGGACGACUAUGUGACCAUGGCCAGUCCUCAUAAACACGAUCGGCCAUCUUCCUCUUCCUCCUCCUCUUCCCUUCACACAUCAUUCAACAGCUCCACCUCUGUUUGCCACUCCCCGCUGCAUCAGUCCGUCCACUGUCAGACACACUGGCUGGUGGCUUCGGUCCAACAGUCAGAAAUAGAAAUCAACCAAUCACGGAUGAGCAUCAGCUGCUCUGCUCAGCCUCAGGAUCAUGUAAGGAAAGAGCAGACGUCAGCUCGCCACUCGGCACGGACCUCUCCCGUGGAGAGCGUUGAUGGUUCUGAUCUGACCCGGUUUGACUUGAGUGGAUCGGUCCAUGAUAGACCUCUACAGGCUGGUCCAGUCUUUGACACAGGCCAGUCUAGUCGUCUCCAAGCUGUACCAGCUGUUAGAAGAUACUGGCUGUCUUUGUGUCUACCUUCUUGCCUUCAAGCAGAGAGGACAGAUGAGUGUCAAUAACAUGAACAGAGACUUAUUUAUUUCACCUGUAGAGGGCGACAUUGGUCGACCUGCUGCAUAAGUGUCAUUGGAAAAAAUGCAAAUUUAAAAAGAAACUUGCCAAAAAAUAAUUUCACAAUAUUCCAGCUGUUCUUGUUUUUCUUUUCACAUGUAUAUGAUUCAAGGAUGUUUGAGUUUAACAUAGAUCAUGUGCCUUUCAGGUCUUAACAGAAGAACAAGUAGAUAUAACUUAAUCGAAUGUAAAUGCACCUUUUCAUUUUGUCACUUUGUGUCAGUUCUUUUUUUUGUUUUUGUUCGUUUUUGUUCUUUUUGUUUUGAGGAAUCUGUGAAACCUGAACUACACACAGCACCAGAAGAUGUUUCACUGCAGUGUUGAAUAAUUAAAAGAAUAAAGUCACAUGGAUGCACGCGUA